AUGCACAGCUUACAUGUUCUCCACGGGGACGCCAAACCACGCAAUAUCAUAUACGAUCCCGAUCAAGGCAAGGUCAUGAUCUUAGAUUUCGAGCGAACGAGACUCGUCAAUAAGAAAAGUCUCCCUACCGAGGAACGGAAGCAGGGCCCCAUGAAGUUGGCAUCCGAGUUGGAGUCGGCCUUAGACGAGAUGGACAAAUGCAUAAAGGAAAGAAUCCGGCAAAGAAAGUAUAAGGAGGAGUGGCAUCGGACCUCGUACGGCCUCUUGACUGGGAGCAUUUCCGAAGCACAGAGAUCGAGGCUCACCUUGUUACGGCCGAUAGCCAUAUGGCGGAAGACACAGAGAGAAUGCCAGCAAACAGAGGAGUAA